UGUAAACAUAAACAUUGAAGCAUCUGCAGCUGGCUGGAGGAGCAAUAUUGUUGCACUUGACACAUAAUUUACAUGAUCGUGUACAUAUAUAGGAAUAGGAAAGUCAAGGGUAUUCAGAAAACUUCUGAAGUUUGUUAAAUCAAAUAACAAGGUAGAAGAUAAAAUGGCCAAAUAUAUGGACGCCAGUGAGAACGAGAAACAACUUUCGAAAAUUGAGUUUCUAUCUCAAUUUUGCGAAGAUGAAGAACUUUUCAUUGGCAAGAGGGAAGUGUCAUAUACAGCACUGACAGUGGGUCUGAAGGCAAAUGCUAAUGCCAUUGGUAACUGUGCCAUGGUUGUAACUUCAGCAAUGUCUUCAUAUUUAAAUUGCAGUGAAGAACAGUCAAUACUAAAGGAAAUGAUAGACUCCUUAGAAGGAAAGUCUGACUAUGAAUUCUUUCACAAUAUGCGUGUCACCAAAAAGACAUUUGAUUAUAUACUGACAAUCAUUAAGGAGCAGUACACAGCUGUUUAUCGAGGAGGCUUUGUACCACUUGAUCCAAAAAGUGCCUUGUGUAUUUGUCUUUGGUAUUUAGGUAGCAAGUCUACGUAUAAGAAUAUAGGAGAAAUCUUUGGAAUUGCACCCUCAACAGUAUUUGAAUGUGUCCAAAAAGUUGUAAAUAUUCUCUGUAAAUCUACAGACAUAUUCAUCAAAUGGCCAAGGGAUGAUGAGAUUACAGAAAAAGAAGAAGGAUUUAAAUCUAUAGCAGGUAUUCCUGGUGUUAUUGGUGCAAUUGGAAAAUGUCAUAUAGAAAUUAGAAACCCAAGUGAUGCACACCCAAAAUAUAUGAACAAAGCAUCAACUCAUAGCUUGUUGUUGGUGGCAGUUUGUGAUGUGAACAAAAAAUUCAUGUAUAUGCAUGCAGGAAUACCUGGAUCAACACCUGAGGAAGAUGUAUUUAAAUCAGUUAGUUUGUAUGAUAAAAUAAUUGAUGAACCUCACUCAUUAUUCCCAUCAAUGCAUUAUCAUCUUGUUGGUGAUCCUGCUUUUGGGCUGUCAAAGUAUCUGUUAGUUCCAUUUACUAGCAAGGAGAACUUGACUGCGAUGGAGGAAAGCUAUAAUGCAAAAUUGGUAAAGACUUUAUAUGUCAUUGAGAAUGCCUUUUAUUUUCUUAAAGAACGUUUCCCACGGAUGAAAUAUGUAGAUUCAGAUGUUAAAAGAAUUCCACAAAUUAUAAAAGCAUGCUGUGUGUUACAUAACAUAACUGCUGAUGUUCCUGAAGAAGAGGCAUUCUUGUUAAAUGAAAACUCCAUUGAUCCUUUUAAUUAUCCUGAAGUAAUCCAAAUGGAGGCUGAUUUUCCUAUAGAUACAGAAGGAUAUGGUAAAAGAGAUAUGAUAGUCAAUAUGUUAUAGAACAGUAGCUCCCAGCUUAUGGUUGCUGGACCCCCUGCAGGUGUGUGUGUGCAGAAUCAGGAGUUCAUUAUUUUGUUCAAACGUUCUCUAGACCAGGGUAUUUCUCUUAAUUAUGUCAUUUAUUCAAUUACCUAAUUCUUUAUUCCUGUUCAACCCAUGGGUCAUGGAAUGCAUGAACAAUGCCAUAUCUACUAUAAUUUUAGCUUGUUGAUUGUGUUUAUAUGCAGAUGGCUCCACAUAUGCAAAGUUAUGAGUGUCAGUCAAUCUUGUAAUAUUCCUUUUUCCAUAAUUUUCUGCAAGAUUCUUUAGUAUAUGUUGAUUUUAUUGUCAUUAGUAUUUCAGUAUCAUCAUAUUGAUCUUAAUGUCAAUAAUGAAAAUAACAGUAUCGAGAUUAAGAGAGAAACUAACUCCUUGGUAGGUGAGCACUUAUGGAGCCAUCUAUGUGCAACAAAUUUCAAACUGAGUUUGUCAUUAGUGAAGAAAAUUUACUACCUGAGUAGUGAGACCCUCCCAAAUGCCAGGAUGUGUCAGAAAAUUUAUUAAACCAAUAGGAUCCUUUCUGGUGAAAGAGGAAAUUCCCUGUUUUAUGAUGGCUGUGAUUCAGAAAAUAAUGAAAAUGUAAAAAGAAAUAUUUGCAUAUUGAAUACUGUCUGCUUAACAGAUUUUCUUUUGGUUGACAUAAACAAAAGCAAGUUUCUUCAACACUACAUGUGUGUAUAUGUAUCUAUCUAUCUAUCUAUCUAUCUAUC